UUUUUUUUCUUUCUUUUUCCUUACAGCACGAAAAGUGGAAAGAAACACACCGGAGAAGAAGGAGGAGCGAACAAGAAACACGAAGAAAUACCAAAGAUUCGCCAUUGAAAAGCCUUUCUCUGCCACGUCUGUGCCGUCUAGGGUUUCUCUUCUCAACUCUUACUGAAGUAUCUUUCCUUCUUCUCUACUUACUUACUUUCUUCUUCUUCUUCUUCUUCUUCUUCUUCUUCUUCUUCUUCUUUUUCUUUUUAUUCUCCUCCUCCUCCUUCUUCUUCCUGUUUCAUCGUCUUGCAAAAACCCUAAUUCUUCAUGCACCUAUUUCAACUCUUCUUCACUCCACUUCAAGAUUGCCUUUGAAGUUGAGUCAAUCUUGCCUCUGUUCUCAUGGGUGCCCCAGAUAGAUCUCCGGCGACCUCCAAUUCUAUGCAGCGUGUCAAAGUAUAUCGUUUGAAUGACGAUGGUAAAUGGGAUGAUCAAGGAACUGGACAUGUUACUGUUGACUAUUUGGAGAGAUCAGAGGAAUUAGGAUUGUGUGUUGUUGAUGAAGAGGACAACGAGACUCUACUUCUUCACCGUAUUAGUUCAGAUGACAUUUACAGAAAGCAAGAAGAUACUAUAAUCUCUUGGAGAGAUCCAGAAUAUUCUACAGAGUUAGCUCUUAGCUUUCAAGAGACAACUGGAUGUUCAUACAUAUGGGAUCACAUUUGCAAUGCACAAAGGAAUCUACAUUUUAGUUCUCUCAACAAUGAUACGUUCCACAGCAUGAACAGUGAGUUGAGAGAGUUGCCUGCAAUUGAGCUAUCAACACUCCCCCUAAUACACAAGAUUGUUGUUGAAAGUGGCAUUACGGAUCAGAUGCGGUUAGUGGAACUCAUAGUUGCCAAUCAAGAUUUUUUCAAAAAGCUGAUGGACAUAUUUCAUAUCUGUGAAGACUUGGAAAAUCUUGAUGGUCUUCACAUGAUAUACAAAAUAGUCAGAGGGAUCAUCAUGCUGAAUAGCUCUCAGAUCUUUGAGAAAAUUUUUGGAGAUGAAUUAAUCAUGGACAUCAUUGGUUCUCUAGAAUAUGAUCCAGAGUUGUCUCAUGUCCAGCAUCAUCGUAACUAUUUAAAAGAGCAUGUCAUUUUCAAAGAGGCCAUACGCAUCAAGGAUCCGUUGGUUUUGUCAAAGAUACAUCAAACAUACAGAGUUGGCUAUCUAAAGGAUGUUGUUUUGGCUAGAGUAUUGGACGAGUCCACAAUUGCAAAUCUAAAUUCCAUUAUCCAUACAAACAAUGCGCUGGUUAUUUCAUUGUUGAAGGAUGACAAUACAUUUAUUCAGGAGUUGUUUGUAAAGUUGAAAUCGCCAACAACCUCUGAAGAAUCUAAGAAGAAUUUGGUACAUUUUUUGCACGAGUUUUGCAGUUUAAGUAAAAACUUACAGAUGGUUCAGCAGCUACGGCUAUUUCGGGAUCUUAUGAAUGAGGGUAUUUUCGAUGUCAUUGCUGAUGUUCUACAAAGUCCAGAUAAAAAGUUUGUGUUAACUGGGACAGAUAUCCUUAUUCUUUUCUUGAACCAAGAUCCAAAUCUUCUACGUUCUUAUGUUGUUAGGAAGGAAGGAAUUCCACUCCUAGGACUGCUGGUUGAAGGCUUGACUACGGAUUUUGGUGAGGAGAUGCACUGUCAGUUUUUUGAAAUCCUUCGAUGUUUACUGGAUUCCUACUCACUAGCAGGAGCAGCCCAGAGAGAAACUGCCAUCGAGACAUUCUAUGAGAAUCAUUUCGGUCAAUUAAUUGAUGUUAUGGCAGUGUCAUGCCCUUCAGAAGGGAGGGUAGUAAAGCCCGAAAUACUAUCCAACAUUUGUGAAAUGCUUUGCUUUUGUGUUCUGCACCAUCCUUACAAAAUAAAGAGCAACUUUCUAGUGAAUAAUGUUAUAGAUAAAGUGUUGUUACUGACUCAUAGAAGGGAAAAAUAUUUGGUUGUUGCAGCUAUUCGGUUUGUUCGAACUAUUUUGUCUCGACAUGAUGAUGAAUUGAUAAGUCAUUUUAUAAAAAAUAAUCUUCUAAAACCAAUUAUAGAUGCCUUUGUUGCUAAUGGGAAUCGUUACAAUCUGCUCAACUCUUCUGUUCUAGAUUUGUUCGAUUAUAUCCGCAAGGAAAAUCUAAAAUCUUUAGUUAAGUACAUAGUUGAUUCAUUCUGGAACCGGUUGGUCCAGUUUGAGUAUUUGGCUGCAAUUCAGUCUCUAAAAGUAAAAUAUGAACAGUGCCUAGAAGAUUUUGGUACAAGAGGCACAACUACUAAUGUGUUAGACCCUAGAAAAAGAAUCGAGGAGCGUGCUUUGGAGAAAGAAGAAGAAGACUAUUUUAAUGAAGAGAGUGAUGAGGAGGAUACUGCAACUGCAUCUGCAUCUGCAACUGCAUCUGUUUCAAAUGUACAGAGAGCGCAAUCUCCAUCUGUUCUAUGUAAUGGAGUUCCUGCAAGUUACCCUCCAUCAAGUCCUCGACCUGGUGGUGGACUUGUUGACUAUGACGACGACGAGGAUGAUGAUGACUUCAACUACAAGCCACCACCAAGAAAACAAUCAGAAGCAGUGGAAGAAGAUGAUGGAGCAUUCCUCAAGUUGAAACGGAAACCUUUUCAAAAGGAGAAGGAUUCCGAGAAGAUGAAAAAGCAGCGACCAGGUAAAAACUCUAAGACAAAAGAUGGUGUAUUUGCUGCCUUGUGUUCAACACUGAGCCAAGCGGUUCUUCCGAAUAAGAAUGCAGCAAGCUCUCAUUCUAGGUCUCGUCCAAUUGAAGGGAACACAAGUUCAGAACACGAGAGCCCAAAAGAGACAGAUGAGAAUGCUUCAAGAAGCUCAACCGAUGAUGGCAGUAGCAGUUUGGACGAGGGGAACCAGACAGAAAAGCAAUCAAUUUCUCCUAAGAAAUGUUCUGAUCCAAUACAUAAACCUUCAGAUAAUAGACAGUUGAGUGGAGACGACUGUUCAUUGAUUCCUCCAAACUCCUCUCCUGAAAUGACUGUAAAUGGAUCGUAGGUUCUCUCUUCAUUGCAGGUGAUUGCAGUUCUUCAUUGCAGGUGAUUGCAGUUCUCUUCCAUUUUCGUUUGCCUUGUGAAUAUGCUUUGGUGCGAAAAGGGACCUGGACUAGUCUUGGAUCGACAACUUCAAAAGGAUGCUAGUCUUGGAACAAAUUAGCUUCGAGGCUUUCCAUCAAAGGCAGUGGAGCUAAUUGAUGCCUGUAUAAUAAUGUACUGACAAAGUGGUGGAUUGGAAGCCUUGUGUUGCAUUCGAGCGCCCAAACAACCUUCCACCAAACCGUUUUUUCUAUCGCGAGUUUAGAGAACUGUUGCUUUAAGUUGAACAGUUGUUGGCAUCAAUUUUGUUAUCUGAUUUCAACCCCUUCCCCCCACUCCCACCCCAAACCUAAAAGAGAUAGAGGGGGUGUAUACAAAUAUUUAUAUCCCAUGGGUUCAGCUGUGUAAAACUAAUGUCAUUCAGUAGAUAGGGACGAGCAAGCCCCUACCAAAGAAUAUGGAUUUUAUUACUUACAUUGCUCAUUUAGUUAGGGUUGGGUUGGGCGGGGUCAAAUUUUAUCUUUACGCUCUACCAAGCUUGUCCAUCUGAAAUGUAGUCUAGACGUCUGUAUAGCGGACUUUGAAUUCAAUUACUCUUUUAUCUUUGCCUUUUGGAGAGUAUUUUUUGGGGAGUUAUGGAUCUGUUUUGCUUUGGCAGGAA